UAGCACAUGUUCACAGUAAAAAUUAAAGGUUUAUUUGUGAAAUUAUGAACGAAAAGGCAAUAUUCAAGUUUUGUAAAGACCAGGGGUGCUGCGAUGCGUGUGCCCUGCGUUUCUUGGGGCUGCAUCAUCCGCGAGUGUACGAAAAUGUGAAAGAGUCUGCGGAGAAGUAUCAAGAUGAACAAGAAGAGCAAACUCCCACUGAAGGCAACGGCACAGACAACAACGGUACCAACGGUGAGGCCGAUGGCCCAGAUUCAGGGCCGGAGGCUAAGAGGAAGCGAGGUGCGGUGUGCAUGAGCUGCCUCGGUCUGCUGCAGCAGGGGACAUGGGACGACAGCUGCCGCAUGGCCAAGGAGAUGCUGGACAAAAAAGGGUACGACUGCACAACGUUCGCUUGCGCGCUGUCCGCGCCCAUCGCGACCAUCGUUCGAGAAAAGUACAUGCAACUUGCCAUCAAAGACAAGUUCCCGGAGUGUGACACAGAUCGCGUGACGUCACUGAAGGAAGCGUGGAAGUGGUCCUUCGGCACCCGCCUGGCGAGCCACUUAGGCCUCGCCCUGGACUCGGGGGCCGUGUGUCCGCUGCUACUCACCUUACACUACGAGUAUCCAGACGAUGUGCAGGAACUAGAAGUCCUCAAAAGCAUAUCGCCGUCCGCCUUCGCCCCGCACAAGCGUCCCGCCGUGGAUGUGACGCGGCGCGGCGCGGAGCUAGUGUUGGAACAGGCGACGCUGCCGCAGCUGCGGCUGCGGGCGCCGGCCGCGGCGGCGCGAGCAGUCGCCUGCGCCGCCGCCAGGGCGCCGCUCUAUGUCGGGGGCCGGUACAUAAAGUUGUCCCGGCAGCUGCCGCAGACCCCGUGGCUGGUGCGGGGGCAGCGGAUGAUGGACUCAUCAGUGCAGGAGAUCAUCUUCCAGCCCAUCGCCGACUUGUACAAAUUGGCGCCUGAAGAGACGGAGCACCGGCUGAAGUUCGUGUCGGCGGGACGGGAGGAUGUGGACGUGCGGUGUCUGGGCGAGGGGCGGCCCUUCGCCGUAGAGAUCUCGGACCCGCGACGCGAGUUGACUAAAGAAGAGUUGGCACAGGCGUGCGAGCAGAUCUCGACUAGCGGGUCGGUGGUCGUCAAGCAUAUGGUGCACGUUACCAAAGAUGACUUGACGGAACUGAAGCGAGGCGAAGAAAGCAAGUGCAAGGAAUAUGAGGCACUUUGCAUCAAACUCACACACUCCGACUUCGACGAGCCGGCGCCUCCCGAGGCGCCGGUGGCCGUGACGGCGGCCGACAUCGCGCGGAUCAACAACUACACCAACACUGAACGGAGCGGAGAUGACAAUAAGAACGGCACGGACGGCACGGACGCGCCGCCCGGCACGGACGUCCGUAUCAGUCUCGUGCAGAAGACGCCGCUGCGCGUGCUGCACCGCCGCCCGCUGCUGGCGCGCACGCGCGCUAUCCUCGCGCUGCAAGCUCACAGCGUGCCAGAUCACCCGUCCCUGUUCCGCCUGAGCAUCCGCACCAGCGCGGGCACGUACGUGAAGGAGUGGUGCCACGGCGAGCUCGGCCGCACGGCGCCGGCGCUGCGCACCGCGCUGGGCGCCCGCGCCGACAUCCUGGCGCUCGACGUGGCCGCCGUGCUGCUGCCGUGGCCGCCACGACACUGAUCGAUGGGGGAGGGUGGCGGC